AUGUCGUCGAAUAAACCCUCGUCCGCUAUUCUUCAUGUGCGUGAUUUCGUCGAACAUGUUGAGCCGGAUCCAACGCGCCUGGGUAAAGCACUCUCGAUGCAACUACGUGUCUCCCUAAACAUCCCAUUCAAAGAUAUCGAAUCAGAUGAGGUUGAAUCGAGUGAAAUCCCUACUUUGAUUAGAUUUUUCAACGAGGGUAAUCGAUUCGACAUUUAUCAACCCAAUACUUUUGUUUAUUCAUCUGGAGCCUUUUUGACUACAUCUUCACUGAUUCCAUACAGCCACCCGGGUAAUCAAGAAGAUACAGAUGUCUAUUUUAUGCACUGUCCCGGUGCUGCACAGCCUAUAGUCACCUUUCUCGGGGUUGUCCUUGAACGGAGAGGACAGUUGAACGACGGACGGAAUUUACUUCACUAUCGUCUUCAAACAACAGUUUACAACCCAUCAAUCUGCACCUCUCAUACUUUUCCCGUUACGGCUUUUUUCAAGAAUGGGCAGCGUUGGGCAAAUUUUCCGCCGCUCAGUGUGAAUUCCCAUGUGUUCUUGACCGGUUGUAUCUUUGGCCUUACAAAAGAAAAUCGACAGUUGGCUGUUGUAACAGAUGACAUCCAUUUCCUGCCAACGUCAACGAAUAGUCUUCCGCCAACCCCUUCUUCUGCAACCGGGAAAAGGAAGCGCGUUGACCGAUGGUCCCAAAGAGCUGAGCCAACAACCCCGUCCAAAUCCGCUUCCCAAUCUCAUGAUCGUCAGUUUGCAGAAUCUAUCAGAGCGAAUACGCCGGUUGACGAGGAUAAGGAAAGUACUCAGAUUACGUGGGCUGACACGCUGGAUGGAACCGAAAGUGCUCGACAGACAAGGCUGAUGCGUGCCACGCGCGCGUCUUCCAGUCUAUACUCGCGGCUGAAGCGCGGCACCCGUAUUACCUCUUUGGGCCUAGCUGGUCUUGGCAACCGAACUUUGGAACGUGUAUAUCACGCACGUGACCGGUUGACAUUUUUCGACCUCUUCAACACUCAGCCCAUUUGCACACGCUGGCGGUCAUCGGGAUCGGAUGCUAACAAGCUCAUCAACGCGUCGUGCACACUGAAUGGGGACUUGAAAUUGACCAACCCACGGCCUCCAUGUAACAUCUGCACCCUGUCGGCCUCGACCUCGUGCGCAAGACAGCAAAGCCCCUGGUCCAGGAAAAUGUCUUCUUUUUCCGAAAGCCAUGUUCCAGGCUCAGACUUCCUCCCGCCAGAAUCGGCGCAGGUGUCGAAAUCAUUAUUUGGCGGACCGAGCAGUGAUGUCGAUCCGCAACCCUCUUCUCAACCAGGGCAAUCAAGAUCACUCUUUGGAGGUCCCUCUGCGCAAAAUGACUUUCUGAGUCCUAUCCCUGAGUCCGAUAUGAUGGACGAAGCGCAAGAUGAAGUCGAGUAUAAUCAUGACCUGCUCAUGCCAGAACGGCCCCUGACGUCUGAUUUCGAUUCAAACGACGAAAGUCGACACGCGAGUCCUCAUCGCGGGAGAAGGCGCUCACGGCGCACUCACAGCUCUCAGAAUAUGCACUCCAGUCCGCCUACAGUCCCCGGUCGGGAUACCCUCACCGUAGAGUCCGAGCCAAUCCGGUACGUGGUCGACCGCGGCCUUGACCUGCCCCCAGGAACUGAGCGGCCGAAUCUGUUUCAGGGUUCCGCAAGCUCAUGGCGGAGAUACAAUGCCGAUGAAAUCGGGGCAUGUACUGCCAUGAUGACAGAGCGAUCCAGAGAUCUGGGCGCUCACCUCUACAACGCUCAUGCGAUUCGCAGGCGAAUUCGCGAUUCCGUGCAAAAUAAUACAGAGACUAAUGAGAAGGCGACUUUCGCUGUGCCGAGGAGAUGGACUGUUUGGCCAGUUCCGGCUGCCCAGGUCCCCCGUCCGGAUGAACGUCUUCAAAACCACAUGGAUGAGACUGGGUCUAUGCGCAUGGCGCCGGAUCCACGACCUAGUGCGCCUCUGGAGGAAUCUAUUACGGCGGUUCUUCUCAAGGCUUCCAAGGACAAAUACCGGGCGCGGGAGUGGGAUUACGAAGAUGUCAAGAGUGAUAUGGACAAGAGAAUCCAUGACAAGGAUGAUAUGAUGGCUGAAGAGCUGGAGAAGAAGGAAUAUGGGCAGACAUUGAAUUCAACCGUCUUGGAUCCUAUCAUCCAGGCAGACGACGACAAAUCAACCAAGCAACUACGUCCGCUAGCACGCAACGUCAUCACCCAAAUAGACAAGCUUCUAUACGGUCUGCACUGCGCCAUGAAAGGGAGGAAAUACGAGGAAGAAUCUGGAGCCGAACAUUCCUCCGAGGACGAAGCAGAGAGCCCGCGGAAACGAAAAGUUGAGAACAGAAGUGAAUCUCGCGGCAGAAAGCCAGCUCGGCAUGGCUCUCCUCAGAAACAACGAUUCCGCUCCGCCAGUAUCCAGGUACAAGGAAAAGACACCGAGGUUGAGCGUCCGCCAGAGCCAUCUAAAACGCGAGAUUCGUCCUGCGACUCGAUGGAAAGCUUAGAAGGAAACCAUUACAUCAGGGGUCGGCUCAAACUGCGCGACUGGAGUGAAGUAAUGGGCCUCGCAUCAAUGAUGGGUCUCCCUUCCACAGCGGUAAUGCGCGCCUCAAAGCGAUGCGCCGAUCUUUUCGGUGAAGACAUGGAAUUCCACACUAUGUCCGAAGGCAGAAUCAAGAAGAAACGCAACAACGACGACCAAUGGGUAUACACAUACACAGAGAGCGACUCCGACGAUGAAUCAGUGCCAGCAUCCCCACAGCCAAAAUCUCGAGUGAAAACCAAGAAAGCUCCCAAAGCUCGCUCCGAGAAAGCAACAGCAAAAACAUACAAGAAAAAACACGCAAAAACACCAGCAAUUGUGCCUCCUUCUGCGUCCACAUCACCGGUUCCUGAGGCUGCGGUGGUGAUCCGAGAGCCGCCGAGGAAAGAGUCGAAGCGGACGCGACCAGGUCUUGGGAAGGGAGAGCAUCGGAAAUCGGAUCUGAUUUGUCCGUUCGAGGGAUGUCCUCGUCAUACGAAGGGUUUCUCGCGAACUUGGAAUCUCAAUCAGCAUUUGAAGAUUGCUCAUCCUUCUUAUCUUCCCUCUGGGAGUGACCGGUCACAGUCUCGUCCUGCUAAUGCACGUCAGGAUGAGGAUUUGAUUCAUGUAGAUUAG